GGAAUACGGACGACACGAAACGACGACUGCGAAUUGCAGCUUCAGUUUCAUUUGAACGCCAAACGCCAGCGACGCCGGACAGAGAGCGAGCGAGGGAAAGGCCGCCAGAGAGCCGCGAAAAAAAAAACAAACAACAAAAAACAAGAAACGAAAACCGAAAAAGUGUGUGACAAACCGUGUGUGUGCGCGUGUGUGUGUAUGUGUGCCCCUGUGCGUGUUAGAAUCGUACUAGCUGCGGCAUUAGUGUUGGUAGCGCUGCUAGUGGAAGCGCCUUUCUUUUUGCCACUAAUUGGUACCAAAAAACACAGAGAAGAAGAGAUUUAAAGAGCGUGUUACGUGGCCGUCUUUUAUUCCAGCUCAGCUGAGCCACCAAGCACGCUUCCAAUCAGAAUCUAAUUAACAGUUUUACUCGGAUAUUUCCAGGCUAACAGCGAAAAAAACACAAAAUUCUAGUGCGAAAAAAGCGAGAGAGGGGUUAAAACUCUUCAGCGGCUAAAACAAAAUCAAUAAUUGGCCCUGCGUCCGGCCCUGUGUGUGUGUGAGAGUGUUGAGUGGGGGCGAGUGUGCGUGUGUUUGUGAGAGCGACAAUUGGAGCAAUGCCUGCUGAUUGAUAGCAAAAAAAAGGGAAAAAAAUACAAAAAAGGGUUAACAAAUAAAUAAGAGGCACCACUCGAGUGAAGAACUAAUAAGAGUUAAUUCAGUGCAAUAAUCGAGCGAUCUAGAGGCCAUGCAGCCCGCAACGCCCAGCACCCCCAUUAACAGUGCCCCCUUGGCGAGCAGCGCGUCGUCGGCCACCCCCGUGGCCGCCGCCCCUGCCAGCAGCCAGGGCCAGGGGGCCAGCAGCCAGGGCCAGGGGGCCAGCAGCCAGGGCCAGGGGGCCAGCAGCACCCCCAUACGCAUAAACAGUGCCAAGCAGGCGGGCGGUGGGGGCGACACGUUGACGCAACCCUCCACGCCGCACUCCCACUCGAUGCCCGGCACCCCGCAGCAGCCACAGCAGUCCAGCAGUGUGCCCACCGGCGGCCACCUCCUGCAGCUGCAGCCGCCCCUGCCCUCCGCAGCCGGGGCGGCCGGGGCUGGGGGUGCUGUCACCCCCUCGGGCCUGUCCAUGGGCGCAUCGAACCAAUCGCUGGGCGUCAGUGUGGGCGCCGCCAGCAGCGUCAGUGGCAUCAGCAUCACGCCGCCGAACAGCGCGGGAUUGCGUCAGUCGACAGUAUUCGAUUUCAAAUUCAAACGGCGACCUUCGCUAAAAGUGCUCAUGACCAAACUUCCGUCCACGGACAGUUUGAGCAACAGUCCGGCGCCAUCAUCGCCAGGAAUCGCCAAUUGGGCCUCAGACAAUCGGGAUGGAAACCUGGCAGAUAAGGCAACUGCUGAUGCCGCCAAACUUAACAGGAAAGAGUCCUACAAGGCCCAGAGGAAGAACUACAGGCGGGAGAAGAAGCGAGUGGCCAGCGAGCUGAUGAAUUCCCUACAAGAUCCGGCGGUUAUAGUGCUGGCAGACUGGCUGAAGGUUCGAGGAACCCUCAAGUCCUGGACAAAGCUUUGGUGUGUGCUCAAGCCCGGGUUACUGCUUAUAUACAAGAGCCAAAAGACCAAGAGCAGCCACUGGGUGGGCACGGUGAUGCUCACCUCCUGCCAGGUCAUCGAGCGGCCCAGCAAAAAGGAUGGCUUCUGCUUCAAGCUCUUCCAUCCCCUGGAGCAGUCCAUUUGGGCGCCCCGAGGACCCGACAAGGAAACCAUUGGUGCCGUUGUCCAGCCGUUGCCAACCGCUUACCUGAUCUUCAGAGCUCCCAGCCAGGCGGCGGGCAAAUGCUGGAUGGACGCCCUGGAGCUGUCCCUGCGCUGUUCGGCCCUCCUGCUGCGCUCCAAUAGCAGCACGGGAGCGGCACCCUCCUCCAGCUACGUGGGCGAACCGCUGCCCGUCUCCCAUGAGACGCAGUGGUCGGAGGCGGACUACGAGAAGCACUUCAACGAUCACGAUCUGGACGCAGACAGCCAGAAUGAAGCACCCAAUGCCGUCAUGUCUGGCCCGGAGUCGGAAUCAGAGUCGGAUCCUGCAGAGCCGGCGCAGGAGGAUGGCGUCGAGCAGCAGUGUGAGGAGACCACGUAUGUGCCCUUCACCGAGGAGGAGUUUGGCGAGCAAGGGGAGCAGGUAGAGGAGUUGGCAGAGGAGAACAAGAGCCUAAUUUGGUGCAUUGUCAAGCAGGUGCGACCGGGGAUGGAUCUGAGCAAGGUGGUGCUGCCCACGUUUAUCCUGGAGCCGCGUUCAUUCCUGGACAAGUUAUCCGACUCGUAUUACCACGCGGACUUGCUCUCCAAGGCCGUGCAGGAGGAUGAUGCCUUCACGCGCAUGAAACUAGUUGUGCAAUGGUACCUGUCAAGCUUUUACAAGAAGCCCAAGGGCCUGAAGAAGCCCUACAAUCCGAUUCUGGGCGAGCGGUUCCGCUGCUACUGGCAGCAUCCCAGCGGCAGCCGGACCUUCUACAUUGCCGAGCAGGUCUCGCACCAUCCGCCCGUGUCGGCCUUCUACGUGACAAACCGCGAGGACGGCUUUAGCAUCUCCUGCUCCAUCCUGGCGAAAUCGAAGUUCUACGGCAACAGCACUUCGGCGGUGCUUGAGGGCGCCGCCACGAUGACGUUGCUGCCGCGCGGUGAGUGCUAUACGGCUACGUCGCCGUACGCCCACUGCAAGGGCAUCCUGAUGGGCACGCUCUCCAUGGAGCUGGGAGGCAAGAUAAACAUCGAGUGUGAGAACACCGGUUACAGGACGGAGCUGGAAUUCAAGCUGAAGCCGUUCCUCGGCGGUGCCGAUGCCACCAAUGUCGUUGUGGGCAAAAUCAAGCUGGGCAAGGAGACGCUGGCCACCAUCAGCGGUCACUGGGACAAGGAGUGCCGGGUGAAGGACUCCAAGACGGGCGAGGAGACGCUGCUGUUCAAGGUGGAUGCCGAGACGCGAUCGAAGCGGCUCACGCGACACCUGGUUCCGCUGGAGUCACAGGAGCCCAACGAGUCGCAACGCCUGUGGCAGAAGGUCUCCGAGGCGAUUGCACGCGAAGAUCAGGUGGCCGCCACCGAGGAGAAGACCGUGCUGGAGGAGCGCCAGCGGGCGGAUGCCAAGGAGCGGGCUAGCACCGAAUCCACCCACAUGCCCGAGCUCUUCGAGGUUGACAGCUACGGACAGUGGCUGUACAAGUACGCCGACCUGCGGCCCUGGGACUCGCGCAACGAUGUGCGUCAGUACGAGUGCCAGUUCAAGGUGCUCACCCAGACGCGACACAAGUCGGUGCCCAUUGUUCACAGCGCCGAGAUGAUCCAUCCCCUGCGCAGCUCCAUCGAGACGAUAUCUCGAACCCAAAGACAAUCGCCGGCCGGACAGGGCAUGCAGACGGGCGGCUCCUCUGCGCCCAAGGCCAAGAACAAGAGCCUGGUGCUGGCGCCGCGCGACACCAACUCGGACUCCAGCCAGUCGCCGCAAGGAGCGGUCAAGCGCAGCUCCUCCAGCGCAGUUAAGCAACUCGCUUUGGCCGUAGACCAGGUGAACCGUGUGCUGGAGAUGCACACUCGGCAGUUGAACGAGAUCAGCCAGCGCCUGGAGCGCAUGCAGUAUGCGCCCCCGCCGAGCAGCAUGGGCGCGCAUUCGCAUCACUUGCUGGGCGGCGGCGUCUCACAGUCUACGGUGAUCAAGUCGCUGGUCUACGCCUUGAUCGGGCUAACCGUCAGCCUGAUCCUGCGAUGGCUGUUCAAGUAGAGUGGCGGCGGAGUCGUUGUUGGUGUCAUUUCGUUUAGGAUUAAGAAAAGUUUUGGUCAACCUAUAGAUAACAAGAUAUAUAUAUAUAUAUAUAUAUAUGCAUACACCCUAGAGUACAGACAACGCAUAUGCUUUACUGAAAUGUACAUUUGGUCCUACUCAAAUGCCUUUGCACGCUGCCAGAGAUUUAACCCCGACCGAGGCGCGUGGCCAGAACAUCCGUUGUGAGAAAGUCUAAUCACGAACUAGGAUUAAGUGUUUGUCGUUUGUAAGUCCCAGCGGUUCAGGUCUCUCCCGCAGACAACGUCCAUGUGCAAGUCCUUUCCCCGUUUGUCCCUGGAACCGUUUACUCAAGCUAGACCCUCUGGGUAGGUUAGGAUGUCGGAUAUAUAUAUACAAAUAUACACAAUCGUACGAGUAGAUGCACCAGAUUUCGUAAAAAUUCCAAUUUAACCGAAGCCACUACUUAGCUAGUUCGCUUUUCCGUUUCCUGCUAUAGACAGUUAAUAAUAAACGACACGAUUUGGGGGUGAUUAAUGAACGAACAAUGCUCGAGAGGCUCUCUGCCCUUUAAAGUCACCACUUACAGACAGUGCAACAUACCUUAGAGAUUUAAUGCGAAAAGUGCUUAUAGUAAUUACUUUUAGUAUCUCUUAUACACGAACUGUUUUUCCUUCUCCCAAUACCUGCAUACCUUUAAAACUUAAUAAAUUCCCUUUUUCAAAUCAA